CGGAAACGGGUAGACGCUACCCGACGGCUUGGAGAGAAAGAAAGAGCGAACGCGCCUGGGGCAGGCAGACCAAAUAUAGGAAGAGUGACAAGCCUGCCUCUAGAGGAUCGAUUCUGCACAACACAGCACAGCAAUGAGAGGGCAACAAAAGCUGAAGUGAUCCUGAACGUUUUCCUGAAGUAUUGCCAUGUAUGAAGCAAAGGAAAGACAGAAGUUUAUCAGUGAUGCUCAGUACCUAAGAGAGAUGCAGCACAAGAUGGAUUCAGAGUAUCAGGCUUGCCUAAGAAAACAAGAGCACAUUAAAGACCAGUCUGAUAAAAAACGAGAACAGAGCAGACAAGAACUGAGGCAGAGAAGUUUAUCAUCUAUCUCUCCAGUGCGUAGAUAUGAAAGGCCAUGGAUUUCAAGACUUCCUGUUAAUAGACAGACCCCGUCUGAUGAAAUUUCUGGAAGUGAUCCAAAAUCCAAUGUAAAAUCUCAUGGGAAUAAAUCAGAAGCUAAAUUCCCUGCCAUUGACAAAACAUCUGUUAAACAGAAGCAAAAAUCAAUCUCAAGCAUGAAAAAAAAUGAAAAAAGUGGGCCUGGCCCCAAAAAAGAUAUGCAAGGUUUCCCAAAGCCAAUUUUAUCAAGAAGACAACAAAUGAACCAGAGAAAUGUGCUGGAAAAUCUAGAGUCUGAAACUUUUAAAAAAGCAGAAGGAAAAGGAAGGAAAACGCCAGCGCUCCAGGGAAUAGCAAAGAUUACUAGAGGAUCUGAACCACAAAAUGUCACAGGACAAAGAAAUGGUCCUAUUCAGAAGACAAAGAAAAAACUUCAAGAAAAAAAGUACAUAUCCCAGUCCUCUAAAUUAAACAUAGGUAGUAAACAGCUAGACCAGGAUCUUAAGAAAGGAAAUAUUCUUAUAGCACAGCAGCCCUUGGCUAAUUCAAUGGAUUCUUCUGUUCAGACCACUAAUAAUUCUUCUGUAUCAAAUGAAUCAAGUAAUUCAAAUCUUCCACCCAUUAGAAACACCCUUAUGAAGCCCAAAGAAGAUGAUUUUUACACGGCACUAUGCUCAAAUGUGGAAGCAUCUGUUGGAAUAAAUGAAGACACUAAAAACGAUAACUUAGCACAAGAAUUUCAUUCUGUUGAUCUUAACAAACCUCCACUUAUUGAUCAAAGUAGAGGUAGUGCGAUAUCUUUAACACAAGUGGAACAACAUAAUUGUGAAACUGGAGUUGGGAAUGAUGGAAGUAAGGCUGAACUUUCCCAAAGAUUUUUACGACAACAUGAUGUAAUAGUGGACUCAGCUAUUGAACCACAUUCAUUAGGACAAAGAAAAGUAAGAGAUCCAAAAAAAUCUUAUUCUCUUGAAGAAAAUCUUUUGGAAGAGGCUCAUGAAAAUGAAAUCGAACAUUUGGAAUUUAAUACAAAACAUCCACAAGCUGAAAACAGACCAGGAAAUGCGGCAGCUGUUGAGGAUCCUGGUAACUUAAAUUCUCCUGAAGACUGGCAAGGGAGUAAUGUCUAUGGCAGAGAAAGACAGAGUUUUGAGAGCAAUCAAAGAUGUUAUCCUGGUUUUAUUUCUGCUAGAUCAACAGCGCAAAGGCCUUCUAUGCGUUCUACACUUAAUAUCCCAAGUACCUUAGUACAAACUUCAAACAGAAGUGACAUGGCAAGCAAUGUGGAUAUUGCAACAGGUCCUGUACAAAUCCCAGAACUGAAUGGAAAUCCAAGACUAACUGCUCGCAGACAACUAUCUCCCAUAAGAAUCAGGGAUUCCUUUUCAGGUGCUGAAAGUUGCCAAUCUUCAUCACCCAUGGUCAGCCACUUUGAUGAUAGCAAUCUACUCGAGGACAGUCUAAGCAAUGGUCUAAGUAGCAUAUCUCCAAGCAUUGCUUCUCAUGAUGAAGAUAACUUUCUGAAUUCCCACAGUUCCUCAUCAUCCACAGAUUCUUCUCCUCCAUCUCUUUUUCGGACAAACUUCACAGCACAUCUUCACAUGACUGGUUCUUUACCUGAUCAAGUUCCAAUUUUCCUGACGGUAUCUGAUUUACGAAAUCAAAGCAACUAUAUGAGCAAUACUACUUCUUGUAAUUCAAUAAGUACUAAAGAGGUUAAUAAAGCUGAAACAGACCCUGAGAAGCUAAAAAAGUUGCAAGAGAGUCUCCUGGCAGAAGACCCUGAAGAAGAGGGAGAUCAGUGUCGGAUAUGCCAAAUUGCAGGAGGAUCUGUAACCAAUCCUCUGCUAGAACCUUGUGGAUGUGGAGGAAGUCUUCGAUUUGUCCAUCAGGAAUGUCUAAAGUCAUGGUUAAAGGCUAAAAUAAAAUCAGGUGCUGAGCUUGGUGCAGUGAAAACCUGUGAACUGUGUAAGCAGACUCUCACUGUAGAUCUAGAUGAUUUUAAUGUGAAUGAUUACUACAGGAAUCACCAACAGUCUCGGGCCCAGGAUGAGCUGAUGAACUCAGGCCUUUACCUUGUACUGCUGCUUCAUCUAUACGAGCAAAGGUUUGCAGAACUCAUGAGAUUAAACUACAAUCAAGCCUCCAGAGAUAGGCUCUCAAGGCAACCUAGAACAGAGGAAAACCAAAAUCCAACCAAUUCUGCCAACAGUGGCUAAGAACUGUCAAGCUGGAUCUGAAGAAGUAAAUUCCCUUUAGAAAUCUGACAGAACUCUCAUCUACAUCCUUCCACUUCCUCCCGUUGAUAACACCAGGCCAAAAUGAAUAUGUGCACCAUUCAUAUUCAGUGUCACCUUUUUAAAUUUAAAGCCUUCUAAGGGCCUAAGCCUUCUAGGGUUGUUUGUGUGGUUCGGUUCUUGUCUUAAGUUGUAUUACUAACUUUUUUUCAAUACCAUGGGUUAUUAACAGCAACUUGCAAAGUCUAGUAUCUCCUACUGAUUAGCUAGCAACUGCUACUCAAUCAACAAAGACUACUGUUUUGUUUGUGGGUACUUUUUAAUUGAAGUUUAACUAUCUUCUGGAUGUUAGGUACCUGUUUUUCUACCCUUUCUUUAGAAGCCAGUCUGCAUAAUUUUGAUAUGGAUCAGAGGCUUCUUGAAGAUCCAUGAUCACUUGUAUAUUAAAAUAAAGUUGUAUGCCCCAUCUUAUAAAACAAUCUGUGAGACACAGAUUUAAAUGAAUUGAUGUACUAUUGUAUGAACAUCUUGCCUAUGAUUUGCAUGGCACAAGAACCUAAUAAAAUACACAAUCUUUUGUUCUCUUUCCAGUCACCCCCCUUACCCUUUUUUGCAGAUUAGAUAGUUUGCUUUUUAUAUAUAA